CUAGCAGUUGUAUAAGUCCGUGCGUGCAAGCCUCUCAACUCCCACAAGGUUCAACAGUGGAGUAUUAUAGUCAAUCUUUAGGUCGGUGGAUACCAGCUAAGGUCAUGUCUGUGAUACCCCCUGAUGAUCCCCGAGCUGGUGGUAGUAGGAUAGGCCUUGUCCAUCUAGAUUGCAAGCCGAUGGCUCGAGUGGAACAGGUUCGGUACGCUGCUCCGCCAGUUGGAAUGCCCCUCUAUCCUGCUGGUCCCAUGUCGGGCCCUCCCCUCGACUUUAUCGACGUACCGGCAGCCUUCUCGAUGUUCAACUCCUCCCCCUCUUCCUCUCCGUCUCUCAUUCCGGGACCAUCAGUUGGUCCUCCUACGGUUCGAGUGAUGAGGACUGCUACGACCAUCCCAACAGCCUACCGCCGUGCUUCGUACAUUACCAAGACCACAAGUAUGGCAUUCAAGAACCCCGGCAAAGCUGUGCAACUGGUCUCCUUCGAUGGUGAUAAGCUGGUGGUCGACCCCGAGGCCCUCGCCCUGUUAGAGGCUCUUGGUCACGACAAGCAAAUUAGCGUUGUAACAGUAGUUGGGAUGCUGCAAACUGGUAAGAGCUACCUCCUCAACAGGCUCGUGAAAGGUCCUAACGGUGCCGCUAACGCCAGUGACGACCCGCAGAAUAAUGAGAAUAAGCUUUUGAAUAAGCUGCUCAAGUUUGGCAAGAAGAAGGAUGGGCCCGGUAACCGGCCUCCCUCGGUGGUCUUCGAAACGGGCAGCGACGUGAAUGGCUGUACCCAAGGCAUUUGGAUGUACAUCUGCGAUGAGGAACUCCACGAUAAGGUCGUCGUAUUCCUCGACUGUGAGGGUCUCGGCCGGGAUAAGGCGCAUGAUAGUAAACUCAUGGCCAUGACUAUGCUCAUGAGUAGCGUAUUGAUAUACAACUCUAAGGGGGGUCUGGACGAGUCGGCGUUCAAUGGCUUGUCGCUUGUAUGCGAACACGCUGAUCAGCUGAUCAGAGAGUUUAAUAGGGAGUGUGGUGGAGCGGCGGCGGGGGGGGUCCUUUCUACGUCCUUUCUGUGGGUCUUGAGAGACUUCGCAUUGAAAAUGGAGAACGAAUACGGCGAGGCUAUGAGCUCAUCUGAGUAUCUCGAGAGUGUUCUGAAGACCAUUGGCAAGAAGGAUGUAUCGAGAGCGAUGCUCGAGUGCUUUAUGGACGUCGACUGUGACACUUUAGUCCAACCUACUGUGAACGAAGCUGACUUGCAGAAGUUGGACUCAAUUUCUGAUGGAAAACUGCGUAAGGAAUUCAGCGACCAAGUCCAGGCCCUGUGUGGUAAAAUAUGGAACAUGGCCGCCUCUAGAGCGGUGACCAUCAAUAAGUGCGGCGGAGGUACUCCCUUCACCCCGUUUGCCUUGGCAGUUUACAUCAGAAAGUUGACAGAGCAUUUCUCUAACUCCUCUACUCUGGUUGGCUUCAGCCUGCCAUCGGUAUGGAUUCAAGUUCAGCACGAAGCGCUCGCCUCUUUGAUCGAUUCUCUGGGCCUGGCUCAUGGGGAGAAGGUCGAUGGGUUGCUGGCUGAGCUGCCUUUGGCGACUCGGGAGGUCGAUGGGAGACUCUCCGCUGCGUUGAGGAGGGUGGAGAUCGAGUACAGGAGGAAGGCUAUGGGGGAGGAGUGUGACCAGGUCUAUCAACAGUACCUCGAUGAGCUUAUGCAGAAUGCUAAGGCUCAAGAGGGGAGGGUCUAUCCCCUGAAUGACGAGAAGGCACGGAACUCUGCUGAGGAGGUAGCAGUGCGACUCACUGAUGAGGUGAUGCCAGAGUUGGUGUUGGGAUGGUCUGCGGAAGACUUGGACGUGGUCAUGUCGGAAUCGGCCAGGCUGCUCAUAGAAAAGCUCCAGUGGGUGUUGGAGGAAAUAAUGAUGAAUACUCGAGGACCGAGGGGGGCGAGGCUCAUGGUUGCUGCUGAGAAGAUCAUCCAGAUAAGUGGCCUGUUCGUGACUGAGUUAGAUAAGAAGGUCGAAGGCAUCUCUCACGAUGAACAGCUCACUAGGCGUCAACGAGAUGAAGCUCUGGUCGGUAUUGAUACGCUGAAGAAGACCGCCUUGGUGGAUCUGACGGCUAAGGUGGCUGAGCUGGAGGAGGAGUUGACUAGACGGGAUAGGAAGGAGGAGGAGCUGCUGGCCCAGUUGGAGGGGAAGGAGGGUGAGAUAGAGAGGAUGACUGAUAGUGUGAGGGAUACUGCGAGGAAGAGAGAAUCGCAGGCGAACAAGAGCUGGGAGGGUAAACUUGAGAGGCUCGAGAAGCAAGUGGAAGAGCUCACAAGGGAGAAGGAAGAGUUGGAGGAUGUUCUGGUUAGUACGGAGGAGAGGAUGAAGGAGGCUCAAGAGGGCAAGGAUGACUUCGAAUCUUCGAAGAACAAUGAGAUCGAUACGCUCACUGAGACUCUCAUUGGAAAGACUGGCGAAAUCGCGCGUCUCAAGGAAGAGUUGGAGAAAGCUGGAGCCGAGCUUGAGAGGGCCGAGGCUGCCGUCAAAGAGGCCGAGCUUGCUCUCUUCACCACCACUCGAGACAUGGCUGCUGAUCAUGACAAGAACGUUGCUGAAUGGCGCGCGAGGGUAGCACAGCUGGAGGGUGAAAAUGGGGAGGUCCGAGCGCGACUACGAGCAGAGGUGGAGGGCCGAGAGAAGGCCAUAAGGGUAGUGUACGAGGAGAAGGCAGCUGCGACAGAGGCGGCACAUGAGGCGAUGACUAAGUUGAGAGAAGAGAUAAAGGAGUUGAAGGAUAGAGUGGCACGAGGUGGCGGCCCGCGGUCUAAGCGCAAGUGCUUGCCGUUCUGUCGUUGAUAGAAUUAGUAUCUUGAGGUUGAGCAUGCAAGAUGCAAAAUAGGUUGUAGUUGAUGACAAGUUGUGACAAUAGGGUGAAGUUUAUUAUGAGUAUGCGGGUAUUGUCUAGAAGAUUCAAUUGUUGAGGUUGAGGUUAGUAAUACUAGUAUUAUGCACGCUGUAGUAGUCAUGGCAUCUUUAUUAUCCCA